ACGAGGAGUUAAAAUGGGAAAUAGGUGAGGGCAGUAGGCGACUGUUGCAAGUGUGUUUAGGCCGUCCUAGCACAACUGGGUCGUUGUUUCAGUAGUUUCAAUGAGUGUUUACUGUAUGCUCUCCGAAGCUCGGUCUUCAUCGUUUGUGACAGUCGAUUUUGCCGUUGGUGUUGUGCGUGCGUUUCGAUCAGCCAACUUUAUUUUCAAGUGCAAACGCUGGUUUUAGCGUAGAAUGUCGGAAGCACUAACGAAUCAUUCGUUGAUGCCUGUGAAUCGCAAUCUGUAGGCUGUAAAUGUGGACCAAAGGUGAUGCUGCAAGGUCAGCUGCCUGACACAGUGUCAUCUGUGUGCACAAGUCACCAUGGUCUCUCCCAUGACACCAGUGUUCACAGAGUCUCCGGAGGCUGUGGUCCCCCUGUACGAAGAGCCGCCCGGGAGCCCGCAGGAACGGAGGGUAGGGAGACGCCUCCGCCGCCUAUCCCACCGCGUGCCCCCGUGGUGCGGACUGGCAGCACGUAUGCCUCUCACUGUGCUGCUCCUCUCUCCUCCUUCUCCAAGCCUCCUCCUCUCCCUCCUCAGGGUUCUUCAGCCAGCAGUGCGGAUGACGCGCACUGUUCCAUGACCCUCCUGGAGCGUCUCAUUCGCACCAGUAGUAUCUGGUUUCUGCCAGACGUGGGGCGUACCGGUGCUGUGCACUACUUGCAAGGCAAGGAAGUCGGGAACUUCAUAGUGCGCCAGUCCAGCAAGAAGGGCACUCUGGCUCUGUCCGUACGACUUCCUGUUGACGCGGGGCCGUACAUCGAGCACUACCUCAUUGAAGCCACGGCCGAGGCCAAGCACUGCCUGGAAGGGUCCGAGAACCAUUUUGCCUCAAUACCUGUGCUCGUCUGCCACUACUGCCAAUGCUGUGAUGAAUUACCUGUACAGCUAUGCCUCCCAGUGGUUUUGCUUGAGGCAACUACACGGCAGGAGCUGUCUGCCUUGUCACUCCUGGGCCAAGAGUUGUGGGUGUCCAGCUUGCUCAAGUCUGCUCCGUCAAGUGCGGGGUCCAGCGUGUCAUGUGCCUCUUCUCAGGCAUCUCCCAACCCAGACCAUAAUGCUAAUGUCCAUGUGUCAAGCUUCAAAAAGACCUUGCCUGUCAACCCAGUGGUCACCUCUCCAGUGGCUGCAGUCAGGCCAAACUUUCUUGCACUUCAGAGUUCGACAGCGGACAUUGGUGAAUUGGCAGCUCAAGUUCCUGAUUCCCCUUCCCCACCUGCAGAAAGUGAGGCUGGCUUUGUGUCCGAAGUGGCUGGCAGGUCAGCAUUUUAUGUGGGUGUGGACUCGACUCAAAAUGCACCUAGCAAAGCUGCACCCAGCAAAGUUGCACCCAGCAAGGCUGCACCCAGCAAGGUUGCACCUAGCAAAGCUGCACCUAGCAAAGCUGCACCUAGCAAAGCUGCACCUGUUAAGUCUCCAUCCAGUAAGAACAAGCCGUCUCCUCCAGCGGAGGAGGAAAAGCCUCGGUGCCUCAUGAAGCCAUCGCCACGCAGGCGGCGGAAACUCCCAGAGUCUUCACCGGAAACUUACUACUCCAGCAGUCUCGCUGACAAAAUUAGCGACUAUGAAGACAUUUGGGGCACAGCCAAUGGGCGUGGGAGCGACAGUCCUGCUCCUGUACUCUCCACCUUUAAGCCUGAAAGUCUUGUGUGCCAGUCCACGCAGACAGAAGUACACGGUGGCUCCUUGCCCGAGGGACUCGAUGUUGCUGGACAGAUGCGGAGCUUGUCUCGUUCUAUGCCUGGCAUGGUUAAGGAUAAAGCCCAGACAGGACAGUUUUCCAGCCCUUUCUAUAGUGAACCGGUGGACUCGCUGUUCCUUGUGGUGUCUUCUGCAGUUGAACCACUGCAGAUUGAUGAGGUGUCGCCGUCUGCAUCAGCACACCGAGAACGACCCCUGAUGCGGCAUUCGGAACCUAAUGUUCACUCUUUGCGAAGCAGUACACAGCGCUCUUCUGACCUGACUACCACGUUUGACGAUACGAACUCAUGCACUUCGGACCACUUGUUGGCAGUGUCUGCACCCGCUUUGCAUGGUAAUUCAGGUGAUGGACCUCCAAGUCGUUGUGGCCGGUCGUGGUCGGUAGACCCCUCUUGGAAAUGGCUUGUAUCAAGUGAUGAGGAUAACGACAGUACUGCUGGAGACUUGAAGUUUCCCACCGAGGACGUAGACGACUCUGAAGUUGGCGGGCUUGAGGAAAACGUGUCUACAGUGGAAGAGAUCAUUGGCAUCUCCAUGCCGGACUUGAGAGUGCCUCCAGCCCCUACGCUGACAGAAGGCAACGUGCUGAGAGCAUCCCGUUAUGACAACCUUGAUGCAGUGUCGGUAGCUGAGAGUGUGGCUACUGAUGGCAGCAGCAAGCACAACCAUGGUGAGGACGAUGCAUUAACAGAGUUCUGUGAACCUUGGGACAGUCUGCGAUGGGAAAGGCUUCUACGAUUGGUGGAGUCUUCUCCGGAUGCCCCGGAAAGCAAGGCUGAAGAGUCAAAGAUAUCCACCGACUCCUUUGAUACAGCCUCGGCAGUCAGUGGUGAGGACUUGCUCCUUUCCGAGUGUCCAACCCUGGCAUUGGAGCAUAAGCGGUCGAGUGGUUUUCAGGAACAUCUGGAUAUGCUUCUGGCUUCGAGGAAAUUGGGAGGGCUGUACAAGAGGGACUCAACGGUGGGCGCCGAUGUUAAAAGCUAUAUAUUCAAAUUGGUGCAAGAGAGGAACACAACGUUUGCCAUGACAAUAGAGAAUUUCAUCCAGUGCACACGCGAGAGCAGUGAAACAUCUCCUGCUGUGGUCAUGCGAAAUAUCCGGCAGUUCAUGAGUGGCAUGAAGAACUAUCUGCUCAAGCAUGGAGAAGGCCAGUUCGAGCAACUGGUGCAAGAAGAACAGUCCAAGCUGAAACCAGAUGAGUUCAUGAACAUUGAUGCAAUCAUCGAAGUGUCACUGCAUCGCCUGGUCAUCAAGCCUCUGCGGCGCUACCUGUACCAGCUUUUUGUCAAGCAAUACACGCAGUCUGGUGCUUUGAAGCUGCUGUCAGACAGCAUGAAGUAUGCCCGCACCAAAACACCUCAGGAGCUUGGAAUAAAGAGUGACUUCGAGCCACCACGGGGCGUCACAUUGGAGCUGGUGCAGCAUUUCCUGGUCAAGCUGCAGAAGGCCUACUCACCACUGAGGAAGCUGGAGAAUCUUCUGUCAGCCAUAUCCGUCAUAUAUAGCAGUGUGCAGAGGGACCGCAAGUCGCAACCUGAGGGCGAGUCUUUUUCAUUGGGUGCUGAUGACUUCCUGCCCAUCUUUCUGCACGUUCUGGUGCAAUGUGGCCUGGUGUCAGCGGAAGUGGAAGCCGACUACAUGUGGGGGCUGUUGCACCCUUCUUUGCUCACUGGUGAAGGCGGCUACUACCUCACCACCUUAAGCAGUGCUGUGCACGUCCUCAAGUCUUUGCGAGAUGAUGAUGAGGCUGGUGCUGCUACUGCCAUGACCACACCCCCGCAGUCCACCCAAGGUUCUUCCGGCAAGGAGGCCUCUGCCCAGCCACCCAUGUUUCGCUACCCUCGAAUGGCUGACCUCCAGGGCUUCAUGCAGAUUGUCAUCCCGGAUGAGCUCAGUGGCAGCAUUGUGGCCAAGACGCUGCCUGUGCUGCCCCACAUGACUGCCAAGGAAGUUCGAAAGAUGAUAGCACACAAGUUCAGGGUCACAAAUCCUGAAGAUUAUGGCCUCUUUAAGCUAGUCAAAGGAGAAGAGACACAGCUGACUGACAACGACUGUCCUCAGGCAAUCAAGGCAGACCUUCUCACGAGUGGUGUUGAGUGUCGCUUUGCUUACAAGCGCUACGACGUCAAGUUCGUGUGGCCGUUCAGUGAGAAGCCAGCUUGAACCACUGUUUGGUCAACCAGGUCUGGGCUGGCCAGUGGGGUGCUUCCGAACAAAGCUCUACAGCAUUGCACAUUUUGCUAUUGCGGACUUGCAAUGUGCUCUCGCUUUUGGCUUAUUUGGUGGUAGAUCGUUCACUCUGCCAGAAAGAAAAAAAAAAAGACAGAAGUGCACAGGUUGCAGAAUUAUUUGUUUGUGUUCCCCGGUUACUGGCAUGCAUAAGCUUACCAUUCCUAUUUGAGAACAGAGCUAUGUGUGAAACAAUGUUCUCUAGGUACGGGUGUACAAUAUUUCAAAGCAAGUAAGACGCAGCGUGCAUUCAAAAUUAUGCUCUGUGUAGUCCAUUAAUGGGCUGGCUAGUUGGCUAGUUGCCCACUUUGUUAGGCCAACACUCCAAGAUGGUUUCACUGCCUGAGAAAAUCUUGUAAUGCUUGUUUUUAUCAUGUUUCCUGUCCCCAUAUGAACCACUCUUCCUUAUGACAAAGAGGUUUGAGCAUAGCCUCCAGAGUGAAAAUUAUAGGCUUAAAUUUGUAGUACAUGGCCUGCCUUGCUGCCUGUUCCCCCCCAAGUGUGAUAAACAGGCUUUAUUGUGGAGGCUACAACUUUUUAGUUUGAAGGACGCUGCUGCGCAGGUAUAUAUUCUGACAGGGAAGUGCAAAGUAGUGUUUUAAACUCAACUACCACAUCGAGAUGAAUUAAUACAGGGUAUAUAGGCUUGCGGUUCAAAUACUCAUGCAUGCAGUUGCACUUAAGGAAUAAUACAGUUAAACCUUGAUAUAACGAAGUCAGAAAAAUCAUCACAUAGCUAUGUUAGAUCGUAAUGCCGUAUAUUUUUAUGUAAGGACAAAAACCCUUGUACUGCACGCCUGAAUAACUCGUAAGAAAUGUAUAUAUAACAAAUUAUCUCUACAUGGGCUGCAUUCCUAUUUCCUGACAACAUGCCUUGCCAGCUCGGACAGGUGGCACAUACAAAGCCAUCUCUGCGCAGCAUCAACCUGAUGCAUAGAGGUGGAUCACUCUGUUCUUUGGUUGUUUCUGCAGUCGAUAGUCCAUAGGCAGGAAGCAUAUAGACUUAAGCGUUGGCAUCAUCACAUAAUUUCUUUCCCAGGUGCCCCAUAGCUUGUCCCAUUGCAUUUUCCAGCCAUGCUGCUUGUAAGAGACGGCUCUUGCAGCUGCACACUGUCCUGAGCUUCAUGUGUGCCAAGUACCAAGGCUUUCCAUGCUUCUUGCAUAAUUUGUAUGCACUGUGAAAAGUAAGAGGGUGUUACCAACUGCAACAUUCCAUACAUAUUUUGCGAGAAAGCUUUUGUGGCUUUUCUAAGUCGUGCAACCUCACACAACGUUCAAGGAUGCCUUCACCGUUGAGCAGCACUUUGCUGGUGCGGUGUAUAUAUGUGCAUUUGUCUUCUUUUUGGCUGUGUCCAAAGUUGAUCUUCAAAAGGAAGGCCAGUGACUAAGUAUCAGCAAAAUUCGUAUCUCAGUGCCCUCCAGUGUGCCCUUUCUUGUAUGUUUGUGCAGCAUAUGUAUGCUGCUUUCCGUAGGAAGCGCCUGUCAGUGCAUGCCACACUAAACAUUAUGCAUGUGCUUUGCACUUUGUAAGCACUGUACAUGUUUCCACCAUGAGCCUUCAUCACUGCCGCACCACCUGAAGCGUGCACAAGCACUAUCAAGUAAAACACUUCUUUCACUUUUCGCUUGAAGACUGCAGUAGUCUUUUACUGCGCAAACUUGCAAGUCAUGCUAUGUCAGAGCUUGCGUCUGAAUAAUAAUACCAUCAUAAUAUGUCAGCAAACAACCGCAUGCAGUUAAAUCAUUUGGCCACAGCCACCCGCAACACGGUUUCCAUUUAAUGCCUCGCUCCUCAUUUGAGACGGAAGUGAAGUAUUGAAAUCGUAGAUAAACACACAUUAUGUUGAGCCUAAAAAUGGCGUUCUAUGGACAUCGAGUUAUGAAAUGUAAAAAUGAAUCAUUACAUCAAAAAUUUGACACAUUGAAACUCGUUACAUUGAGGUUUAACUGUGCCUAUGAAGCCACAAAUACAGCUUUGGACCAUAUUUUCUACUACCACUAGUGCCAGGUACGAAAAAGCUUUACUGCAUCAGGCUCUCAAACCAAGUGUAACUGCAGCAGUACUUUGGCAAUCCCGACUACUCAUCUUUAGCAGCCUAUAAGCAGCCUUUAAGCAAAAACACAAGAAAAUAGAAAGUUGGUACAAUGAAAUUGAACAAAGAAAGCCUGGAAGCUGCAUGGCUGCAAGCCUGCGUUGUUACUUUUUCGUAGCACAUACAGGGUGUUUUUCUCUUCCUUAAUAAAAAAAAAAAACAGAAAAAAAAGAUACUUUAUUUUGGUCCUAUGUUCAUGGCUUUGUUAGUAAAAGUAAUGGCCAUAAGAAGGAGAGUAGGUUGUGAUACUUGGCUAUUGUCAAAGAUUAGUUUCAUUGUCUUAAUAGCCCAUUUUGUGUAAUAUUUGCCUGUUUAGCUAAUCUCAUUGUUUCGUAACAUAAUCAAGAAAUGAAACUGCAACAUCUGGCAAAUGAGCAGUUACUCAGCUUGGAUGUUUAUGUAAGGAAGCUGGUUUUAAUUGGUUGUGAGAUGUUGGAUUUAACAUACAUUGUUUUAAGAAACCCCUCUGGAAGUUUGUCUAGCUGUACUAGUUAUGCACAACUGGUUGAAAAGAACAUGGGAUACAUCUCUGACUUGUGAAGUGCAUAAUAGAGAGGUGCUCUGACGAAGCUGUAAGCACUUAAGUUUUGCUGCUUGAAUCUUUCUCAAAAUGAUUAAUCCCAACUUUUUCCAUCUUGAACCAUUUCAAAGGGUCUGGCUUCUCUCCUGCAAUGUGGGUGUGAUGCCUUUUGUUAUCCGAGGUACGCAACAGUUGCUGCGUCAUGUUUAUUUGGCGGUUGUUAUCUUAGCAGCUUGGCAGUCCGCUUCCAGCUACAUUAUUUUUGCAUGCACCACGUGGAAGAGCCAGCCUUGAAAACAUGAACAAAAUGUGUAAAUAAUUUCAUCCUCUGAUUGGUGGAACAUUUAAGCAAGUUCAUAAGAAAGAUACUGGGCAAUAAUAAAGUGCAGCCUUUCGGUCAAGCUUUUUUUUUUUUUUUUAUCACAGCUUCUCCUCCUGCACAUUUUAAACACAGGACGGGGCGCCACAGUCACUAGCAAGGCCACAGCAAACCAAAUGCAGCAAGGCACACAUAGUCAGCAUUGUGGCAUGAUACAGUUGCUAGUAAAUAUUUGCAGCCUUGCAACCACAUCCAUGCUUUCGAUUAAAUGUUUAGUGUCUGUGAUUUAUUUUUAUUAUUGACUGUACUUAAGGAGAGUACUCAUCUUCUCUGACAUAAUUGUGCUCAGAAUGGUCCAUAUAAGUGAUCACAAUAGAAGCAAUGAUUAGAAAAGAAAUGUACAGUACAUGUAAAUGUUCAUGUACAGAACAAGUGUUCCUGGGCCCAUGCAAAUGAGGUCUCCUCUAAGUGCCACGUUCCAAGUCCUACAUUCUGACAAUGGCAUGCAUCUGAGGUACGAAGACAGCGCAGCACUGAAUGUUUUGUAAAGCAAUACUAGUGGUGCAUGUCACCAUGACCCUGUCAUUAUGUUGUGCUUGCAAGUAAUGCACAAGUUCAUUUUGUAUCAAUCACCUUGAGUGAAAAUUUCAUGAGCAGAAAUGACGUAGAGAAGUGACAACUUAAGGAAGAAACUUGCGUGCAAUGGUAAAUCAUAUACAAUUAUUCAGGGUAGGCGAGCUUGCGCACAACAACGAAACCUAGCAGGAAUUCUUCCUGAUGAAUGCUACAUGCUGCCAUGCUAAUUCUCUUUUCUCUAAGCCAGAUUGUGCGCUUAGAAAAGAGUAAGACCUGAAAGGGCUUAGUAAAGGGUGUCUCUAGCGCUUUGCAUGUUGUGCUUGCCUUGUGUGUAAAUAAAUUAUCAUCUCGAGGCUGCAUUUGUAAGAUUUCGCACUUUUACAGAGCCGAUGGCACCAUGUGGGAACGACAUAACCACUUUCCUUGAAUUUUCUACUGAACUGCUGAUGGUUGUGUAACAAAGCAAAGUAACAGUGACAUGGUACAGACGUGUCUGUUAUAAUGGCUGUUUUGACACAAGCUAAAUUCUACUUUGUUGGCCACAGUAACCUAACCAUCAAGGAAUGUAACUUGCCAUUAAAAGGAAGGUGUGUAUGAGCCGAGGAUUAUGUGACAGUGCAAAAUGCCACAAUGAAAUACUGUAGAAUUUACAUGCUGUGAACACAGUUGUGUUUACCACACAAUUAAUGAGACAUUUCUAACGCAAAGCCUUCACAUUUUGGCGCGGUGGUACAUAGUUAUUAGCGUAGAUGUCUAUGCAGACCCCAGGGCAGCUGAUUAAAAUUUCUGUCGCUGGCAGUCUUUCCUUGCCCCACAAAAGCACUGUCCAUUGUGCAAAGAGCAGUGAAACCCUUUGGAUGGCUUCUUCUUUGCCCACCACCAAACAGUCGCUAUCAAUGCUAGUAGCACCCCAUCUUUGUAACAUCUAUGAAUACAGGAGCUCUACAUGCCUAAGACUGGGUUUGCACAAAAUGUCGGUGUUUGUUUAAGCUAUGUCUGCAUGCUUGCCGUCCAAUAGCAAAUCACAUGCUGGAUUUCAUUGUCAUAAGUGCUCUUGAUGACUGCUGGCUGAAUGCAGUUAAGACAGCAGUGCUGUAGCAGUUCAUGUAGGUGUCUAGUCUGCUAGCGUAUAGCAUCUGGUGUACAGCCAACAGUGUGAAAUGGCGACCGUCCCACUUUGGAAACAAAACUUACUGUUUCUUUUAUGUGACCAUUUCCUUGCUUCUGGAUAUUACAGUUGUCUGCUGGGCAGGGCACUGACAUGGCAAAUUAAGCAAUGUGUUUUUCGGAUUGCACGUAGUGCUGGUAUUUUGCCAAAAGGCAUCUAAAGGCUGGAGAGGACUUGAAAUAACUAGUAUGCACUAUUUUGAUACGAGGACCAUAAUGCAUUCACAUACAGUUCGCAGAUGUUUUUCACCAAGUCACAUUCUUGGCUUAGGUGAAAAUGCCUCCUAACUGGAAUUUCAUGCCCUAAGUGUCUUUAUUCCAUGGAAUUUAGUUUCAUUGACAUAUCAGUGUCCUGCUGAGGAGUGUUUGGUGGAAGUGCACUUUUUGAAAUCUUCAGCAAAAGGUGUCUGGUUUUUAUUUUUUCACACUGUAACUUAACAUAAAAAUUAUGCAAUAGCUCAUUGAUCUUUUUCACGCGCUGUGCGCUAGCGCUGCUAAAAGUGUUCUAUGUUUUCAAUGGAUUGAUCUUUAAUAGCGUUGAAAUUGCAAAUUAUACGUACAUAAUAUCCAUAACUAUUGCUGCUCUUAGUUAAGAUGUCUUGACAAAUUUUCUUGUGCAUACAGUAGCCUGCAUGCAGUGCAUUGCGACUUUUUUGCUAGGUGUGUGGAUUGCUAGGUGUGUGUUGUGCUGGCAUUGCUACAAAGUAGCAGAUGGAUGUUAAUUGUUUAUGUACCAUGAACGAGCUGCCCACAGCAGUUUGUACCCCUAACUCAGAGGACUCGGCUAAAAAUAUCCAAAGACACCUAUGCACUUCCCAUGAGUUGUGGCUGCGAAAGCAUUCAUGUCAACUUGAACACCGCUGCGCGGCCUUUCGAGUUAUGAGCACCUCACGAGCAAGCGAGCACAUUGGGGUGCUGGGUGCAUUUUGAUUUAGCCUUACCGAACUGCAAUUAGAAUGCAGGUGAGAGUUUGCAGAGACAAGAAACAUGCUGACGACACAGGCCUCCAAGAGUGAGGCUGGUGUGGUGCCACGGUGAUACCCUCUUCCCUCACGCAACACCUGGCACGCUAGCGCAGCAGCAGGUAUACCCUUUCGCCUGCUCUGUUCCGUCGAGGUGCGCUCGUGACGUGGCGUCGCGGUCAGUAAGAAUUUAUCUGCCGUUUCGCUUCUACAGAUGACACAUGAAUGCUUUUUCGCUCAAAGGGCCAUUUAAUGCUUUCACAUAAAAAAAAAAAGUCAGGCGAGAAAGGUUCUUUACCAAACUUUGUGUUAUUGAAUAUACUGUACCAGGCAGCAGGUAAAACUGACAACCAGCAACUGUUGCCUCAAAAUCACAUCAUCAAGCUUCUGGCUGCACCGAAAAUAUGGCACCAAGCAGAUAACUCUCAGUGUACGUGAUACAGGUGCGAAAGUGUGAGUUAAUGCCCAGAGGGCAACAGUACAGCAACAGAGUUGCAUUUAUUUUUUUGCAUUACGAUGGUCAGUGCCUGCCUUCUCAAUGUGCACACACUUGAUGAAAAUCAACUUGAGAGGCACACCUUGUCCAACUGCAUGACUUUAGUUCACUGGUGUGCCUUCGGUUACUGGAGAACCUAUCUUGAGUGCUAGCUCGCGAAAUGUCUUAAAAUUUUGUAGCGAGACCUUGAAGCAACAGCAGAAAUGACAAUUUCCGAGUGUGCCUUCCUGUAUAGCAAGGCAUCAAGCCAGACAACAAUUGUAACUCAAGUAUUAUCGCUGACAGCAAUCAAUUAAGAGCACAGCCCUAGUAUAAGCUAAACAUUGAUCUGCCCACUAUACGGUGGACUUACUCCUUUCAGAAGCAAGUACAAUGCAUACCUGCCAAGCCUCCCAGUUUCCCCAUACUUUCUAUAGAUGCUCGGCAAAUUGUGGGGCAGGAUACUUGACAAGUGUGACAAAAUGGCAUGAAACACUGGCGUGCAAGCCUGCUUUGUUUGCCAUGUUCAAUAGGCAUGAGCAAGUUUGACUUAAGAAGUGCAGCAUAUUGUGGUUCUUCACAAUUAUCGUCGACAACAUAUAAUGAUUUGGGAAUCGGAGCUAUUUGCUGCGUUGCCGCUCCCACACAUAGUGGUCACGAGGAAACCUAAAUCGUGUUUCCAGCACUAUAGUAUGUAAAGUGAGUUGGAUGAGCUGGAAUUAUUUUACUAGAGUGAAAGAAAUAUGUAAAGUGCUGCUGGUCAUGCUGAAUUUGUCUGCAGUGCCUGUAGUGGAGAAUCUAUUGUUACACCUAACAAUUUAAUAAAUGCUUGACAGUUUUUGGAAGUUGUGCUUCUCAUCGAGCACUUAUAGGAGGUUUGUCCAUAUUAAUGCUUCUAUUGUACAAAGCUUGUCCCUGGGUAGAGCAGUAUAAAAUUAUGUGAAUGCUACUGCACUGAUGUGAUGGAAAGACUGUAUGUCAUGUUUAAUACCAUUGCUUGAAAAACAUUAUGCAAGCUUGUUGCUCUUGGUAUCUGUCAAUGUGCAAUUUUCCUUAUGUGUAUGGUGACCAGACUUUGGAUUACAAAACUAUAGGAGGAAGAGGAGGAAGUUGUGGGAGGGGGGGGUCACUCUAUCGUAGGCUUGUGAGAUGUGAAGCCUUGCGACUUACCAAUGAGUGUAGUUUGCCAAAAAUUUCAUCUCUUUUUUAUAUGCGUUGGUUCUAGCAUAGACAUAUUUGGAACUGGCUGUGUGCAUGCAAACAAGUACCAGAUUUAUUUCGUCCACGACACAGAAGUGUUUUGUUUCCACUCUGCCUUUGCACCCUGCUUAACUGUUAGCUAGCUGGUUAAGUUAAAUUUCAUGCUUUGGUUGUAAACAGGCUAGUGCCAGUGCUCUCUAAUCAUUGAAGGAGGCCAUGUAAAUUUUUGCAUACUUUUGCCAAGGUCAAUUUAACAAGAUCACAUUGCUAGUUUGCUCACAGCAUUGAAUGCCAGUGCCUAUGUUUUGGAAUUACAAGCCUAUCUUGCUGGUACAGCUUGGGCCAAGGCAUGAGGACUAAAGCAGGGCACAACUUUCCACUAUCAGAACAGCACGCAUGAAACGCCAGAUAUGUUAUACCUAUAGUAUCAGUCUGUCUGGUCACAUUACUGAUAUGCAACUGCUAAUCGUCCUGCUGGCCAUGGCAUAUUCUGCUCUGUGAUUUCAUGUUUUAUUGAUAUCUUUUUUUUAGCAUAACUGGCACUGGUGAUCUGUUUAUAUGUAUUACACUUUUGUCUUGUUCUGUGUUUCAUGCUUAGAAAUGGUGCAUGUAAUUAAACAAGCGUACUCGUAAAUACUCUACUGUGCUGGUAUAUAGGCUGCCUUCCUCAUGUCAACUUUUUCUGUGAUCGACAAAGCCGAGUGUGAGGUUUUCUUGUGCACCUGACAUUUUUAGCCUCUGCAAAGUUUUAGGUAUAUAAAGUGUGCUGUACAUGACUAUUUUUUACAGCUUUUUAUCUUGUAGCUUGUUUGUUUCAUGCAACUGCAGUGUUCAUUGCUGCUAUGCUGCAGCCAUGUCUAUUUCCUGGGCAUGAUUUAUUAUGAUCGUCUCAUAGUAUUUACAUGACUCCUGCCACCUUGCAUUUUGUGAAUUUGUUGUUUUGAAACGAACAUCUCUCUCUGCUUUUUGACUGCUGUGACUGGGCUGGAUUGGCUGUAAUUUUGGCAGUGGUGUUCUUGUUUGCAGGCGAACAAGCUAAGGUUACAAUGACUAUUUCGUGGGUAUCACUUCAAUGCCCGAUUAAACUUCCUCUGGCAAA